AUGGCGGGGGUAGGGGCACCGGCCACCUUCGGGGCCUGGGACUACGGGGUCUUCGCGCUCAUGCUGCUGAUAUCCACGGGCAUCGGGCUGGGGGUCGGGCUGGCACACGGCGGGCAGCGCAGCGCCGAGGACUUCUUCACGGGCGGCCGGAGCCUGGCGGCCCUGCCCGUGGGCCUGUCGCUGGCCGCCAGUUUCAUGUCGGCGGUGCAGGUGUUGGGCGUGCCGGCCGAGGCCUCCCGCUACGGCCUCAAGUUCCUGUGGAUGUGUCUGGGCCAGCUGCUUAACUCGCUGCUCACCGCCACGCUCUUCCUGCCGAUCUUCUACCGCCUGGGCCUCACCAGCACCUACCAGUACCUGGAGCUGCGCUUCGGCCGUGUAGUGCGACUCUGCGGGACUGUCCAGUACCUAGUGGCCACUACGCUGUACACUGGCAUUGUGAUCUACGCUCCCGCGCUAAUCCUUAACCAAGUGACGGGGCUGGAUAUUUGGGCGUCGCUCCUGUCCACCGGAGCCAUCUGCACCUUUUACACCACUGUGGGUGGUAUGAAGGCCGUGGUCUGGACUGAUGUGUUCCAGGUUCUGGUGAUGCUGAUAGGCUUCUGGGUGGUCCUGGCCCGUGGCACUAUGGUUGUGGGCGGGACCCAGCGAGUGAUUGAGCUUGCUCAGAACCACUCCCGGCUCAACCUGGGGGACUUUAACCCUGACCCACGGAGUCGCUACACAUUCUGGACUUUUGUGAUGGGUGGCACGUUGGUGUGGCUCUCCAUGUAUGGUGUGAAUCAGGCACAGGUGCAGCGCUAUGUGGCCUGUCGCACAGAGAGGCAAGCCAAGCUGGCCCUGCUCAUCAAUCAGCUGGGCCUGUUCCUGAUAGUUGGCAGUGCAGCUGGCUGUGGCAUUGUCAUGUUCACACUCUACAGUGACUGUGACCCUCUCCUGGUGGGUCGCAUAUCGGCCCCUGACCAGUAUAUGCCUCUGCUGGUGUUGGACGUCUUUGAUGACCUGCCUGGCGUCCCGGGCCUCUUCCUGGCCUGUGCCUACAGUGGUACCCUCAGCACUGCGUCCACCAGCAUUAAUGCAAUGGCUGCUGUCACUGUGGAGGACCUCAUUAAGCCACGGCUGCCGAACCUGGCUCCUCGGAGGCUGGUUAUCAUCUCCAAAGUACUCUCUUUCAUCUACGGCUCAACCUGUCUGACGGUGGCAGCUCUGUCCUCCUUGCUGGGGGGCGGUGUCCUCCAGGGUUCUUUCACCGUCAUGGGAGUCAUCAGCGGCCCCCUCCUGGGUGCCUUCAUCCUGGGAAUGUUUCUCCCUGCCUGUAAUAUGGCGGGAGUGCUCUCCGGGCUCGGCGUGGGCUUGGCGCUCUCGCUGUGGGUGGCCGUGGGCGCCUCACUGUAUCCACCCAGCGAGCAGACUAUGGGGGUCCUGCCCACCUCAGCCGCUGGCUGUGAGGAGUUGCCCUCCAACGCCUCCAGCCUCUUGGGUCCGGUGCUUACGUUCAACGCCUCCAGCAGGGCGCCCAGCCCUGGUAUGGACCCCAGCCGACCUGCCUUAGCUGACACCUUCUACGCCAUCUCCUACCUCUAUUACGGUGCCCUAGGCACACUGAGCACUGUGCUAUGUGGAACUCUGGUCAGCUUCCUGACAGGGCCCACCAAGCGCAGUGCCCUGGGUCCUGGGUUGCUGUGGUGGGACCUAAAGAAGCAGAUGGUGUUGGUGGCACCCAAGGAGGAAGCAGCACCCCUAGAUGACAACUUGGCCAAGGGCCCUGAGGAACUCCCUCCUGGCAACAAGAGACCCUCUGACUUCCUGUUCAUCCCUGAGGACCAUCCAUUCUUCCUAGAGCAGAAGGAGGUGGAGGUGGCUGGCUUGUGGACCCCUCACAGAAGCCAAGAUCGUGGCCCUGACCUAAGGGAGUCAGACCUCUGA